CACCCCCAGAACUUUUGCUGCUCCUCCUUUAUUACCCCAUUGCACCCAUAUUAGUACCACUGCCACUUCGCUCUUCGGACCAACGUAGUCGCCUCGCAGCCUGCUUCUCGGUUUGUUGUUCACAGUCAGCCAGGCACGAUGGCGCAGUCGGGAUACUCCAAUCCGUUGAAGAAGUUCAAGCUUGUCUUCUUGGGCGAGCAGAGCGUCGGCAAGACGUCACUGAUAACUCGCUUCAUGUAUGAUACAUUCGACAACACGUACCAGGCCACAAUCGGCAUCGAUUUCCUCUCCAAGACCAUGUACCUCGAUGACCGGACGGUGAGGUUACAGUUGUGGGACACGGCAGGCCAGGAGCGCUUCCGGAGUUUGAUCCCCUCCUACAUUCGCGAUUCUAGCGUCGCGGUCGUGGUGUACGAUGUUACUAAUGCCAAGACAUUCGAUCAGACGCGAAAAUGGGUCGACGACGUGCGAGGCGAACGUGGCAACGAUGUCAUCAUCGUGCUGGUCGGCAACAAGACCGAUCUGUCGGACAAGCGAGAAGUCACGGAGCAGCAGGGGGCUGAAGAGGCGCGAAAAAACAACCUGAUGUUCAUUGAGACCAGCGCGAAGGUUGGACAUAACGUCAAACUGCUCUUCAAGCGAAUCGCACAGGCGUUGCCCGGGAUGGAAGCUGAAAAUUCAGCAGCAGAGCAGAGAGGGACAAUGAUUGACGUGAACAUCAACCCCAACCCGCAAUCUCAGGAAAACAGUUGCAACUGUUAGUAGGGCUCCUUCUACGACGACGUUGAUUUGCUUCGCUUUAUCGUACCCAUUUUUAUCGCAUUGGGUAGGCCGCAUCGAGCAUGGCGUUUGGAGAGGAUGAGCAGGGUCCAUAGCGAAGUAUUGUCUAAUGGGUCUAAGGAAGCAGCCUGUAAUCCAGAUAUUGUGCUGUUUGCAGGAAUUACAAAGUUUUGUCAUAAAUACCAUAUUUAUUGAGUUUCAAAACGUCUCUGAUAUCGUGCAAAGAUUCUUAAUGCUUGUUAUAGUUCUCAACAUUCGUGUAAUUGAAC